CACAGAAUUUUCGAGUUAGUGUUUACGUUUUGAAGUUUCAUGGUUCUCGCCUGACGCUUUUGUGAUUUCUUAUAAACAUUAAUCAAUCCCGUGGAUUGUUUAAGUAUAAUUCUUUUCAUCUUGAACUUUUUUAUAACUUUAAACAUAUCUGUUUUAUUUUUUUUUAUUUUAUCGUUGUUGUUUUUAUUUAUUUUUUCACACUAAUCAUAUCUAAUUUUAUUAGACGUUUACUACCAUAAUAUUAAACUAAACGAUAUCUGUUCGCAUCUACUUAAGAUAAUUCUUACUACUCGUGAACAUGAGGGAGCCUGAACAUUUACGUAAAUUAUUUGUCGGUGGAUUAGACUAUAAAACUACAGAUGAAAAUCUCAAAAAAUAUUUUGAACAAUGGGGUGAAAUUAUGGAUGUUGUUGUUAUGAAAGAUCCACAGACUAAACGAUCAAGAGGAUUUGGCUUUAUUACUUAUGCUGCAGCCCAUAUGGUUGAUGAUGCACAAGGUGCACGUCCCCACAAGAUAGAUGGUCGGACAGUAGAACCUAAGAGAGCUGUACCAAAAACUGAUAUUGGAAAACCUGAAGCCGGGGCUACUGUUAAAAAGUUGUUUGUAGGUCUGUUAAAUGACAGCAUAACUGAAGAAGACUUAAAAGAAUAUUUUUCUCCAUACGGUAAUGUUACUUCUGCUGCCCUAGUUGUUCAUAAAGAAACUGGCAAAAAAAGAGGAUUUGGUUUUGUUGAAUUUGAUGAUUAUGAUCCAGUUGAUAAAAUAUGUUUAAAAGGAUCGCAUAUUAUAAAAGGGAAAAAAAUUGAUGUAAAAAAAGCUUUGAGUAAAGAAGAAAUGGCUAGAGUAAAUGCUAGAAAUAACAGUCAUUCUGCGGAUAAUUGGGGUAGUGAUAAUCGAAGUGCCUGGGAACCAACAAUGAGAAAUUUUGGAAGAGGUGGAGGAUGGAGAAGUGGUAAUGACCCUGACCCAUGGGAGUCAGGUCCUAGUUCUCGAGGAAGUAAUUGGGGAGGUCCAUCAACUAGUGCUUGGGAUAAUAGUUUCAGUGAUGGCUAUCAACAAAGUUUUGGCGUUGGUCCUAUAAGAGGAAGUAAYGGUCCAUUACGAGGAAGCGGAGCUGCAAGACCUGGACCUUACAAUAGUGGUUUUGACAGUGGCUACAACGACUUUAGUACUGGAUUUAGUGGCAGAAGUUUUGCCAGUGGUGAAGGAAGUAGUUUUGGUGGAAGAGGAAGAGGAGGUGUUCGUGGAAGAGGAAGUGGCCCUGUAAGAGGAAUAUCUGGAAGAGGUCCUGGAAACCCAAGUCGUGGUGGUAGAGGUACUUUUGGACGAGGUGGAAGAGGAAGAUAUUAACUACAUUUGGUAAAUAAAAUUAUUUUUAAAACCUUCAUCAGUUAUUAACAUAAAAAAUUGUAUUAUUAAAACUUAAAUAAACUCAUUUUGAUUUUACGCUUAGAGCCAUUAUUACAUAGAAUUUAUUAAAAGACUAUUUACAAUAAAUAUWUAAGCUAUC